AUGGCCAGACUGAAUCGAAGGUCAUUUUUCUGUUUAUUUCUACUAAUGUUUGAAAUUAGAACAAUAGAUUUAGUUAAUAAUAGUGACGUCACACUUCAUGAUAACGGUGAAUUAUUAUCUAGGAGGAAAAGAUUUAUUAUAUUCCCAGAAGGCAGUUCUCUCCAAUUAGUAUUUUGCCUCACGUUUCCUAAUAUAAAUGUAAUAGGAGAUAUAGUUCUGUGGGGCUACACAGCAGCGCUGGCAUAUGAACUACCACAGGAUCCGUACUCUCCUUUCAUGCAUCACGCCGACCCCUUGCAUCGAAGGGUUGAUACCAAGUCCAUUUACUAUACGAAUGAAGAGGGAAGGGUCAUAUAUAAAAGACCUUACAAAAGGAAGUUCAUAGUGAAUCCAGCAUUUGCAAAGCGAAGCAUAGAAUUUGGCGGUAUAAAAGCGCGCCAAUUCGAAAAAGGAAUUCGAGAAAAUUUUAAAAUAGACAGAAAACAGAUGCAUGCUUUGAAAAACAAACGCGACUUUUUGAAAAGCGAACACAUGGAAGGAAAGAGCGUUGAGUUUCACAGGAGCAGUCGCGGCACUUUAUAUAAAAAAAUAGAGACUAUGUUACAAGGACUUGGCGGAAACGGCAGAGAGUGCAUGUUGAAAACACUGUGUUUAGUUGGUCAGAGCCAACAUCACCCGCAGGGCUCUUUCUUGCAAGAGAUUCUGAGAGCUGUGUUUACAUUGCCUAAAUCACCCAUUCAAGAUGAGGAAUAUGAAGAAUACGAUGCAGCAUUAACUUCUACGGAACCAUGCGAGAAACUGUACCCUGAAUGCCCAGAAGACCCUAAAGAAGCUGCCAUAAAAACUGUUAAAUAUAAUUAUUAA